AUGGCGCCGCUGUCACGGGCGCUCUCGUUAGGAUGGGGCUCCACGGCCCUGCCGGACGCGGCUCUGGCGAGCGAGGCAUCCUUCAAAGGCAGGCGCUCUGUCAACGCCCCGCAGCAGCUGCGUUCUCCUCAAUUAGAAGAGGUAAUGAAGCAAUUUAUGGGCAUCUACAAAGUGAUGUAUGGGAGCUCGCUCGCCGGCCAGCCCGUCGGAGCGGAGAGCGGCGCCAGCGCGGCAGCCGAGCGGCCCCCGCGCGCCCACGGCCCCCGCCAGCCCCCCAGCGACGGCGACGGCGCCCCGGGCGGCUGCCAAGUGACCCUGCUCUGCAAGCAGCCGUGGCCCAGGGAGCUCACGUGCAAUAGCAGGAGCAGCAGCAAAGCCGAGGGUGCCGGUGCCACCUUUGCCGACCCCCAUGUCAGCAACUGCUCAGCCCAGCGGCACGCGGGGGAGGAGGAGGUCAGGAUGCGCGUGAAGCCCCCGGGCCCAGUGGUAACGACCAGCGUUGUGCGAGGCUCGCCCGACUACGUCCGAGAGCCCAAGUACUACCCGCCGGGGCGCCCGGCGCCGCGGCCCGCGGCCUGCCCGGCGGAGAAGGCCCUGUCCUGCAGCGUGCUGAGCUUCCCUGAGGGCUCGUGCCCCGCGCUCGGCCGCGAGCACCAGGCGGGCUCCCUGCUGCACGGCGACCCAGCCGACCGCUGCCAGAGCGUGCGCGGCGGCACCAAGGGCGAGGAGGGCCCGGUGGGCUGCGCCGGCGAGCCCCGGAUCCUGGGGGGCAGCGCGGAGGAGAGCGCCGCCCGCCAGCGGGCACCCCAGCCCUUCCCCAGGGCGACGCUGGCCUCGGGCCGCUGCAACGUCGACGGCAUCGUCGCGCUGCUCAGGAGCAAGUGCGGCAACGGGCGCAUCAACCUGCACCCCGUGGUGCAGCUCAUCGACAUCAUGAAGGACCUCAACCGCCUCUCCGAGGACCUCAAGAGCAGCGGGGUGCACCUGGACUGCGGCGCGCUGCGCGGCGGCGGCGCCGACGAGAGCCGCCUGCCGCCCGCCGACCGCGACCUCCAGUACAGCUUCUUCUCCUCGCCCUCCCUCGCCAACAGCAUCCGCAGCCCCGAGGAGCGGGGCGUGCUCUGCAAGACGGAGGCGCCGCGGCACCCGUACGGCGGCUACGGCGCGGCGCAGAGCGCGGCGCCCGCCAGCGUGUUCGCGCCGGGCAAGCCGUACGCGGCGGCGCAGGACUGCGGCGGCGCCAAGGACUGCAGCUUCGCCUACGGCAGCGGCAGCAGCCUCCCGUCCUCGCCCAGCAGCGCCCACAGCGCCGGCUACGCGCAGCAGACGGCCGGCCCCAACCUGCCGCUGGGCAAGGCCUCCUUCUUCAACAGCGGCGAGGCCGGGCAGUUCUCGAGCGCGGCGCACACGCCGCUGCGCUGCGACAGCCGCGCCAGCACCGUCUCGCCCGGCGGCUACAUGGUGCCCAAGGGCUCAGCCUCCUUCCAGCCCUCGCCCGAGAACUGCCGGCAGUUCCCCGGCGCCUCGCAGUGGGCUUUCCGCCAGGGCUACGGCGGCCUCGACUGGAACUCGGAGGCCUUCAGCCAGCUCUACAACCCGGGCUUCGAGUGCCACCUCAACGAGCCCAACGUCAUCCUCGACAUCUCCAACUACACGCCGCAGAAGGCCAAGCAGCAGACGGUCUCGGAGACCUUCUCCGAGUCCUCCUCCGACAGCACCCAGUUCAACCAGCCGUCCGGCUACCGGCGCGCCAACAGCGAGGCCUCGUCCAGCGAGGGCCAGUCCAGCCUGUCCAGCCUGGAGAAGCUCAUGAUGGACUGGAACGAGGCGUCCUCGGCCCCGGGCUACAACUGGAACCAGAGCGUCCUCUUCCAGAGCAACUCCAAGCCCGGACGGGGCCGGCGGAAGAAAGUGGACAUGUUCGACACGUCCCACCUGAACUUCUCCUCGUCCUCCUCGUCCUCCUCCGUGUACCCCUCCAAGAGGAGCACGGGGCCCCGGCAGCCGCGGGGCUCCCGCGGGGCUUGCGCCUCCAAGAAGGAGAGGGGCACGGGCAAGGCCAAAUUCCCCAGCAAGUCCCAGCCCGUGAACCCCCUCUUCCAAGAGAGCACAGACCUGGGCUUAGACUACUACAGCGGGGACAGCAGCAUGUCCCCCCUGCCCUCGCAGUCGCGGGGCUUCGGCGUGGGCGAGCGCGACCCGUGCGACUACGCCGGCCCCUACUCCAUGAACCCCUCCACCCCUUCCGACGGGACCUUCGGCCAAGGCUUCCAGAGCGACUCGCCGGGCUUGGCGCAGGCGGAUUUGGAGAGCAAACACUUUGCGGCGCUGCCGCCGCCGCUGGCGGCCGCCGGCCAGCAGACGGUCUUCGAGGCGGGCUUGCAGAAAGCCUUCUCGCCCAACUGCUCGCCCACGCUGGCCUUCAAGGAGGAGCUGCGGGCGGGCGAGCUGCGCAAGCUGCCCGCCUGCGACUCGCUCAAGCACGGGCUGCAGGCGGGCGCCCUGCCGCACGCACCGCACAUGGCCUGCCGCGACCUGCCCAUGCCGCAGCCGCACUACGACUCGCCCAGCUGCAAAAACCCCCCGUACUGGUACUCGCCCAACGCCAGCACCCGGAGCCCCUCGUACGACGGCAAGGCGGCCGCCGGCAUGCUCGUAGACUUCAUGGGCAGGACGGACCCCUCGUGUGUGAACCCCCACUUGGGCAGCCCGAGCGGCAGCCACCCCUCCAAGGGCGAGAAGGAGCCCUUGGAGAUGGCCCGGGCUCACCACCGCGGGCCGUACGCGUGUCCCCUCAUCAGUGACUUGAACAUCUCCCCCGUGCCGAGGGACUCAAUGCUGCAGCUGCAGGACAACUACAGGUACCCCAGUUUUGCACCCCAAGGGCACCCCGUCAUGGCCCCCACCCAGAAGAGCGGGUUUCUGGGUCCAAUGGUAGAGCAACACCCCGAGGACACUUUUACGGUCACCUCAUUGUAGUGUCAGCUGACGUGCCAACCGGACAACGAGGUUUUGUUACAGGAGGUAAUUUAGCCAGCACUUUUUUUCUGGAACACUUUUCAAGUUCUGUAUUUAACUGGGAUUGGAACCGUUUGUUUGUUUUCUAAAAAAAAA